CAGAGAACAUCCUACCCUCAUCACAGUACAUCCCACCUCUUUCACACCACAUCCUGCCAUCGGAGCACAUCCCAUUAUCAUCACUAUCGCAGCAAAUCCCACCACUCACCCAGCACAUCCUACCUCUAUCACAGCACAUCCCACCACUAUCACAGCACAUCCCUCCAUCAUCGCAUCACAUCCCACUUUAACAGCACAUCCCUCCACUAACCAAGCACAUCCCACCACUAACCAAGCACAUCCUGCCUCUAUCACAGCUCAUCCCACCACUAUCACAGCUCAUCCCACCACUAUCACAGCUCAUCCCUCCACUAACCAAGCACAUCCUGCCUCUAUCACAGCUCAUCCCACCACUAUCACAGCUCAUCCCACCACUAUCACAGCUCAUCCCACCACUAUCACAGCUCAUCCCUCCACUAACCAAGCACAUCCCACCACUGACCAGGCACAUCCUGCCCCUGUCACAUUACAUCCCACCACUAACCAAGCACAUCCUGCCUCUAUCACAGCACAUCCCACCACUAUCACAGCUCAUCCCACCACUAAUCGAGCUCAUCCCUCCACUAACCAAGCUCAUCCUGCCUCUGUCUUAGCACAUCCCACCAAUGGCAGUGCAUUUUCCACCACCACUGCCAGCAGCAACAACAACAACAAGACCUUCACAGCAGCAUCACAUCCCACCCCGGCAAAUGCUGUCAAAACAUCAACAGGCCGUCUUGUCAAGAAGGCGAGACAAUGUUUUGAGUGCCAGGUGUGCAGGAAGAGGCUAUGGCACCGUGGCGAUUACAACCGGCACUGUGCCUCCCACCUGAGGAUACGGGUGAGGUGCCAAAAGUGUGGGAAGUUCCUCAACCCAGCAAACCUGAAGGCCCACCGGGCCAAGCACCAAAUGGAAAAGGUCAAGAGGUAUGAGUGUAAGACCUGCUUAGAGAGGUUUGACACUGAGUCUGCCCUCUAUGACCACCUCCAAGUCCACCAAGAGACUUCAUGUAAAAAGUGUAGAGCAGUUCUCCAGACCAAGGACCAACUGGAGAGGCAUGUCAGAAUCGAUCACGAAAGGAGGGAGAAGCUUCGCUGUCCGCAGUGCAAUAUGACAUUUUCGUACAAGACCACCAUGGACUACCAUGUCAGCAGAGUUCACCGGGGCAUCAAAGUUGGCUGUGUACAAUGUGGACAGCAGUUUGCCGAUGCUAGUGGUCUGAAAGAGCACCUGAAGAACAUGAUAUGCAGAAAUGAAAUACAAAGAUGAUGGCGGGAACUCAGAUAGCCCCCUUGGACAUGGGCUGCCCGUGACCACUGAAUGGGUAUACAGCGCUGGCUUCCGGUCAUGGUGGCCGUGGUUCUAUUCCCAGUCGUGGCAACGGUUAGUUCACUUGGGGGUAUGGUCUGGGCUCAGAUGAAUCUCACAUGAUUCAUAAUGAACAGAAGCUGGUAUCCAACUACCACAACUUGGGGAGGAGUGAAGUGUGAGCCACUGGCAGGUCAGGGCCUGCACGCUGAACCAUGCUGGAGGAGGUCACUACCACUUUGCUGCCUUGGAUCCUGCACUUGGUAGGACUGUCCACCAGGAUUGUUCAUUUUUGGGAAUAAGGUUGAAGCGGGCCCCUGCCUAAUCUGCAACAAGGGAGAUUGAACAGGCAAGCAAGGAGGCAAGGCACCCCACAUCUGCUGACUACUACAACUACAACUAGGCCUACUUCUGCCACCACUACUACUACUACUACAACAAAGUGGUAAUUAAGUUUGAGAAAUCUCCAUCUGAAAACCAAACCAAGAAUCAACUGGAAAGAUGGAUGAGGUGAAGAUUGAGUUCGAUGAGGAUUUUUUACGGAUGUUUGAGUGUGACGAGUGUGGGGAUGUGUUCAGUAGUCACAGCCGCCUCAUCCAGCACACCCUCUACCACAUAGGGGAGGAGGUGUUCUUGUGCGACAUAUGCGAGCAGCUGUUUCAGACCAAGGAAGUGCUGGAUCAACACAUCCUAACACAUAUCACUGCUAUAACACAUCCCACCUCUACCAUCCCUUGCCCCACCAGUGCCCAUCUCACACAUAACACAGUACAUCCCAUUAUUGAGAUAGCACAUCCCACCACUAAUAUACCAGAUUACACUACUAAAAUAGCACAUCCCCCCACUAGCAACGAAGAUCCCUCUAUCAUCACAGAACAUCCCACCACUCUUGUAGCACACCCCACCUUUAUCAAAAAACAUCUCACCACUCUCACAGCACAUCCCACCACUAACAAAGAACAUCCCUCCAACCCAGAACAACCCACCACUAUCACAACACAUCCCACCAUUAUCAAAGAACAUCCCUCCAUCAUCAGAGCACAUCCCACCACUAUCACAACACAUCCCACCACUAUCACAACACAUCCCUCCAUCACAGAACAACCUACCAUUAUCACAACACAUCCCACCAUUAUCAAAGAACAUUCUUCCAUCAUCACAGCACAUCCCACCAUUAUUACAGCACAUUCCACCACUAACCCAGCACAUCCUGCCUCUAUCACACCACUUUCCAACACUAAAACAGCACAUCCUGACUCUAUCAUUACACAUCCCACCACUAACUCAGCAUAUCCUGCCUCUAUCACAGCACAUCCCAUCACUAACCCAGCACAUCCUGACUCUAUCACUACACAUCCCACCACUAUCACAGCACAUCCCACCACUAACCCAGCACAUCCUGCCUCUAUCACAGCACAUCCCACUACUAGCACAACUCAUCCCACCAUCAUCACAGCACAUCCUACCACUAGCACAGCACACCCCACCAUUAUAAAUAAACAUCCCAUAAUCACAGCACAUCCCACCACUUUAACAGCACAUCCCACCAUUAUCAGAGAAAAUCCCACUGCCAUCACAUCACAGCCCACCACUAUCACAGCACAUCCCACCUUACUCAGAGAACAUCCUACCAUCAUCACAGUACAUCCCACCUCUUUCACAGCACAUCCUGCCAUCACAGCACAUCCCAUUAUCAUCACUAUCGCAGCAAAUCCCACCACUCACCCAUCACAUCCCACUAUCACAGCACAUCCUGACGCUAUCACAUUACAUCCCAAUGCUAAUCGAGCACAUCCCACCACCAACCAAGAACAUCCUGACUCUAUCACACUACAUCCUGCCUAUAUCACAGCACAUCCCACCACUAAUGAUCAAGCAUACCCCACCACCAACCAAGCACAUCCCACUACUAUCACAGCACAUCCCACCACUAAUCAAGCACAUCCCACCACCAACCAAACAUAUCUUGCCUCUAUCGCAGCACAUCCUACCACUAAUCGAGCACAUCCCACCACUAACCAAGCACAUCUUGCUUCUAUCACAUUACAUUCCAACAGUAAUCAAGCACAUCCUGCCUCUAUCACAGCACAUCCCACCACAACAACAGUAGAUCCCCACAAUAUCACAGCACAUCCCACCAAUGGCAGUGCACUUUCCACCACCACUGCCAGCAGCAACAACAACAACAAGACCUUCAUAGCAGCAUCACAUCCCACCCCAGCAAAUGCUGUCAAAAUAUCAACAGCUGCUCUUGCAAAGAAGGAGAGACAUUAUUUUCAGUGCCAGGUGUGCGGGAAGAGGCUAUGGAGCCGUGACAAUUACAACCAGCACUGUGCCUCCCAUGUGAGUUUAAAGGUGUGGUACCAAAAGUGUGGGAAGUACCUCAACGAUGCAAACCUGAGGAGCCACCAGGCCAGGCACCUAAAGGAAAAGGUCAAGAUGCAUAACUGUAACACAUGCAGAAAGAUGUUUACCAGUGACUCUGCUCUCUCUGACCACCUCCAAGUCCACCAAGACAAGCACCUAAAGGAAAAGGUCAUGAUGCAUAACUGUAACACAUGCAGAAAGAGCUUUACCAGUGACUCUGCCCUCUCUGACCACCUCCAAGUCCACCAAGACGGGCACCUAAAGGAAAAGGUCAAGAUGCAUAACUGUAACACAUGCAGAAAGAGCUUUACCAGUGAAACUGCCCUCUCUGACCACCUCCAAAUCUACCAAGACAGGCACCUAAAGGAAAAGGUCAAGAUGCAUAACUGUAACACAUGCAGAAAGAGCUUUACCAGUGACUCUGCCCUCUCUGACCACCUCCAAGUCCACCAAGACACUUCGUGUAAAGAGUGCACAGAAGUUUUCCAGACCAAGGACCAACUGGAGAGGCAUGUCAGAAUCGAUCACGGAAGGAGGGAGAAGCUUCACUGUUUGGAGUGCAGUAUGACAUUUUCGUACAAGACCACCAUGGACUACCAUGUCAGCAGAGUUCACCGGGGCAUCAAAGUUGGCUGUGUACAAUGUGGACAGCAGUUUGCCGAUGCUAGUGGUCUGAAAGAGCACCUGAAGAACAUGAUAUGCAGAAAUGAAAUACAUAGAUGAUGGCGGGAACUCAGAUAGCCCCCUUGGACAUGGGCUGCCCGUGACCACUGAAUGGGUAUACAGCGCUGGCUUCCGGUCAUGGUGGCCGUGGUUCUGUUCCCAGUCACAGCAACGGUUAGUUCACUUGGGGGUAUGGUCUGGGCUCAGAUGAAUCUCACAUGAUUCAUAAUGAACAGAAGCUGGUAUCCAACUACCACAACUUGGGGAGGAGUGAAGUGUGAGCCACUGGCAGGUCAGGGCCUGCACGCUGAACCAUGCUGGAGGAGGUCACUACCACUUUGCUGCCUUGGAUCCUGCACUUUGUAGGACUGUCCACCAGGAUUGUUCAUUUUUUGGAAUAAAUGAGUGAAAUUAUGAUAGAUUACACUUUUUGAUAAUGAUAAUAAAAAAAACAGAACAAUAACAA